CUGCUCAGCUGAGGCACAUUUAGAGACCAGUGAAAGAAAAGUUUGCUUCAAGCAAUCAGCGAUAAAAUGACUGCUCUCAGGAACCUCGUAGUGGCUGCUUUAUUCUCACUGUUGGUGCUGAACAUGCUCAAUGACACAGUCUCUGCGAUGGACUGCUGUCUCCGGUAUUCAAAGAAGCGGUUACCUUUUAGACUGAUUUCUGGUUAUGUGGAACAACAAUCCAAUGAGAUCUGUGAUAUAGAUGCAAUUAUAUUCUACACUGUUGGAGGGCAGGCAGUAUGUGCAAAUCCUGACAUGGUUUGGGUGAAAAUGGCAUUGAAGUUGCUCAGCAAAAAACUGGAAGAGAUGUCCCUUGAUUGACGAAAUCUUUCUCCACAAAUAGACUGUCUGCCUUGCUUAAGCAAUUAUUUCUGCAUAGCAUCUAUGUACUCAAGUAUAGUUGGUGGCAAUAAGGCUACUAACAAUUUGCUGCAAUGACAGGUUGAAAUGUUAGCUGAAU